GAGGAAGUAUAAUAAGAACUUGUGGUAGCAGCAUUUCAGGAAUGUUAAAUCAUAUUGCUUCCAUUAUUAAAUAUCUGAACAUAUUGUAAACUAUUUUUCUAAAUUUUGAUUUGCAGAUAAUCAAUCAGUUUUUGUACAGUUUGUAUAAUUUCAUGUUUCCUGUUUCUAUGCUGUAAGUAUUAUUUACUCAGCGUGAUAAUGUCAAAUCAAGGAGAAUCUUCUGAAAUUGAUAAGGUUGCGGAGUACCUUCUGAAUCUUAAGAGAGAUAAAAAAGACGAUAAGAAACUAGAGGAUGCUAUAAAGGCACACAACAGUUUUAUGGAAACUUUCCGGAGGUAUAAAAUAUUUUAUUGUGAAAACAACAAAAGUAACGUGAAGCAACAUCAAGGUCAACUGGAACCUCGAGAUUCAAAGGAUGCCCCAAAUGUUCAAAUCAAACUAAAGAAACAGAUUGAAGACCUGAAGUUCGAAAAAGAGACAAUGCGGAAACAAAUUGACGAACUUAAAACAAGAUUGAGCACAUUAGCUGGUCGCAAAAUGGUAGAUAAUAAUCCAGAUAUUGCGGAUUUAAGUGAUCCAUUUAGACCAACACAGCUGGCAGAAAAGUUCAGAGAGAUUUAUGAUGAAGAAUGGACACAUGCCUUUGAAGAACUGGAUAUGGUAUCACACGACGAAAGCAAAAUCAUAGACGUAAUCUCUGGUCUCAUAAAGGAAAUCGAGAAGUUUUGUUCAUACACCAGCACACAACAAAUCUCGGCGAUGGAAAAGUCAUGUACAGAAGAGAUAGUUAAUCCAAAAGUUGCUAUUCAAAAGCAUCAAGGCAGCUUGAAGGGAAAGACACCGUCAGAAAUGAACAGCUCCCAGAUGGAUACUAUAAACAAAAUGAUUCGUGAUCUAAGAAAGUCAAUGGGAGCACUGUCCGUCAGACCACUGAUUCAGAUAUUUGAUGAGAAGUGGAUGAAACCAAUGAGGCAGGAUAAGAAAUUGCCAUCCACUUCAAAGGACACUGACAAAUUUGUGGAAAAAGCAUUUGAAAUUAUCUGGCUGAUGAAAAUUCAAAAUCCACCUAUGGAGUUUAAAUGGCAAAUACGAGAUGAAAAAUUCGACAGAGAGAGGUUCACUUUUUAUACAAAAAGAGGGGACAAAGUUGGUCAAACUGUAUGGCCGGCUGUCUUACUCCAUGAAGAUGGGCCGCUAAUGUCGAAGGGUAUUGUGCAAGCUAAAUGAAAUGUUCGUUUCUCGCAAAAGUAGCUUGAAUAGUAAAAUAUAUAAUUAUAAGAAUAUUAUGUAUAUAUCCUACUCUUAAGAAAACAUAUACCAAUUGAACGUUUAAUGUGCUACGAAACUACUUUUUCACCAUACGCAACACUUAAUAACGUUGUAGCAGUGAAUAUCAAAUGAAUUUUCAAUUUUAUAUUUCACUCACCAUAUAUAUGUUUUUAUAUUGAUUUUAGAAAUAUUCAGCGUACGUUGUUCAGACCACAUUGUAAACUCGUGACACUCGAUUUAGGUUUAGAUUUUACAUUUUCACUUGUUUCUGUGAAAGUUUUUUGAAAGUUUUUUGAUGUCACAAUGAUACAAAACUAAUUUACUCUAUCUAUUGUUUUGCUCAAUUUACACAUACAGUACAUUUAAUAAACAAAUUAAAAUACUA